AUGGCAAACUUGGCAGAGCCUGAUUUUGUUUCCCUUGAUAUUACUGGAAAAAACUACCUUACUUGGGUAGUGGAUGCUAAGAUCCAUUUGGAGGCAGGAAACCUUGGAGACACCAUCAAGGAGGGAAGCAAUACAUCCUCUCAAGAUCAGGUGAAGGCUAUGAUCUUUAUCCGUUGCCAGCUUGAUGAAGGAUUGAAGAGGGAAUACCUAAUGGUUGAAGAUCCAUUAGCCAUCUGGAAAGCAUUGAGGAAUAGAUACAAUCACCAGAAAACGGAUUUCAAGAUGGUUGGUGAGUAUAACUCUGCAAUAUUCAGAAUUAGGUCCCAAAUGAAACUUUGUGGGGAGACUAUCGUUAAGGAAGAUAUGAUGGAAAAGACUUUCAGUACUUUUCAUGCCUCCAAUGUGCUCUUUCAGCAGCAGUAUGGAGAACAAGGCUUUACUGAGUGCAACUAG